CAUCCAUCACCUCGAACCAUCAUCACCUCUGCGAUAUACGCGCGCGGCCACUCAUCCAUCCAUCCAUCCAUCCAUCCAUCCAUCCAUCCAUCCAUCCAUCCAUCCAUCCAUCCAUCCAUCCAUCCAUCCAUCCAUCCAUCCAUCCAUCAUCACAGGACUCGCGCUUCACUCACGACUCCUGCGUUCAUCAUGACCCGCACUCGCACUCGACCCAUGUCCACCUCUGCGGUGCUGCUUCUAGCCAUCGUGCUGGUGCUAGCCCUCUCACUCAUCCCUCAAGCUCGCGCUUUCGGGGCGGGCAACAUUCCCAGCUAUGCAUACAUGGAGGGCAAAGCUUUCCGCCAUGGAGACAUCGAAGAUAUUCUCGCCGAGCUCGCCAAAAAGGCCGGACACGGCUUCAUGGGCAUCGGAGGAGGCUCCAAGUUUGGGGGCCUGGACAUCAAGCGCGUCUACUUUGGCAAUUGGCUGAGGGACUACUCGCAGGCCAUGGAUGUGGCAGCCAUGAAGAAGCUGCCCGUCCAACAGAUCCUCAACAUCGUCAUGGUCCUCGGCUUCUUGGCGCACGGCUAUGCGACAGGAGCAUUCGAGUUGACUGCAGAGCGCCUCGGCGUGUAUUUGCCAGUCGAGCACAUCGACAACCCCAAGGGCUACAACGAAAAUCAAGAUGCCCGCCAGCACGAUCCUCGACUGCGAGGUCCCAUCGACCCCCGCGAGCUGGAAGUUGAUCCUCGCUCUGGCAUGAAGAACUACAUCGCCAAUGAGAAUCAAGGUUGGGACACGAGCUCCGCCUUGGUUCGACGCACGCUAGUCAAGUGCAUCGAGCUCGGUCGGAGGGCUAGAGGCGGAAACACCGACGAGCUGUACGAAGCAUACCGCCUGCUCGGUACUGCUCUCCACACGCUCGAGGAUUUCUCUGCGCAUUCAAACUUCUGCGAGCUGGCUUUGCAGCGUCUGGGACAUCGCAACGUGUUUGUGCACGUCGGACACAAUGUCGUGGUGCGCGCACCCGACGGCAGUCAGUGUCCUCCGCUAGUCACUGGAACGUUUGGUGGAGCAGAUUUCCUCCACUCGCUACUCGGUGAAGCGCAAGAUCACAUGUCUGAAGCUUCCAUCUCGGAUCUGUCCAAAGCGGUUGAUGGAGCCAAGCAAAAGUCUCGCGGCGGCGGAGGCGGCAGUCCGAUGCAGCAGCUCUUUGGCUUGCUCAGCGGCAUCCCAGGCGGCGAUUCGACCAACACCAGCCGCGACGCUGAGGAGCUCAGUCGCGGACCCAGCAAAGACCCCGCCAACAUGGAUCCAAAAGAGCUCUACCAGAACCUCUUCCGCAUCUUGGCCUUCCGCGACCGCGUCAUGAUGUCGAUCGAGCAGACCAUCGAAAAGAUUCCUGGCUUGAGCUCGCUCGUAGAAAAAAUUUCAGACUCGUUGAGCGUCUUUGUCUUGACGCUGCUGGAGCCCUAUGUCAAGCCCCUAAUGACUAGCGCCAUGUCUGGAUUGCACGCCACCAGCUCCGCCGUCGUCUCGGGAGAAGACCAGACGGAAGUGUUUGACAAUCCCAAUGCCAGUGAUCCUACGCACUCUCAAUUGUCAAAGGAUCACUUUGGUCUGAUCCUCAAUGAGCCCGCGGGAAAUUUGGCUCGGAUUGUCGUCCGCUUCGCAGUGCAAGCCGUCGUCAAGGGCUGGGAUAGCAAUGACGACGCCACUCGCAUUGCUGAUGAGUGUCUUGCAGGCAUGUUCCACCCCAACUGGUUCAAUCCUCAGCGAUGCCACCCCAUGCAAGCCGAAAUGAUGAAUUACAUGGAGUCUUGGGCCCGCGACAAUGCAGCAUCCAUCAGGAGAUUGGAUGUGACCAAUGUCCGCAAUCACACCAACACGCGUUCUGGCAAGGCGGAAGCACACACACACGGAAGCGGCAUCCCAGCUCAAUUUCAACCUCAAGGUCAGCAGGGGGUGGAGCAAGGCAGCUCCAUGGCUCAUGCCGCAACAGGAUGGAUCGGUGGUCAAUUGCAGCAGCAAGGGGGCUUCUUGGGCCAAGCGGGCAACUUUAUUUCCCAUCAAGGCGCCUCGGCUGGAAGGCGCGAAGUGGAUGGCUAUGGCGGGGGCAACGAGCAGCAAGACGAUCGUCGUGAGGAGUACAACGCUCACGGCCGCCAGGAGGAUUACGGUAGCCACAAUCGCCGUGAUGAUUACGGCAAUCGCCGAGAUGAUUACGGAUCGCACGAGCGCCGGGAUGACUACGGAUCGCACGAGCGCCGCGACGACUACGGACAUGCACGUCGCGAUGAUUAUGCUUCGCAUGGUCGCCGAGACGAGUACGACGGCGGUGCACCCGGCAUCCCUUCCGUGCAGCAUCACGAAUAUGGAAGCUCGGGAGAAUUGCGCCCUAGCGGCGGUGGAGGCUACGGUCACCAGCAGAAUUAUGGCCAACAAGAGGGCUCGUACGGAGGCUACGCAGCUCCCUCUGGACCACCCCCUGGAGAGUAUGGUGGCGGCUUUAGAAGAGACGAAGACCAAUCUCGACAGGGCUACGGUCAGCAGCCGUACGGCCAGCAGGGCCAGGGAGGCUAUGGUCAAGGCGGGUACGGCCAGCAAGGUCAAGGAGGAUACGGUCAAGGGGGCUACGGUGGAGGCUACUAG